CCUGAAAGUGAAAGUGAAUCGAGAAGGCGGCUGGGUCAGCUGCUGGUGGAGGUGUAGCUGCUGAGAAGUGGGAGUGAAACCAUAUCAUGUUGUUGUCAUGAUGACAAAUACAACCGAAUUUCCUGGCAAGCGACCAUUGUGCUUGUUGCUGGUGCUGUUGCCGCUGCUCUUGCAGUCGAUUGACGGCGUUGCUGGCGUAUCAUUCACCUGGGGCCAUGUCAAUAAAUACGCUAGCACAUUGUACACAGAAAACAUUUACCUGUCCCACAAUAUGCCCAGCAAAAAUGUUGUCUACGGUUCAGAGAACGCCGAUGGCUAUACUAUUACGGCCCUGCACGUAGAGGACCUGACUGCAGUGAAUGGCAAUGACUCUGAACCCAUAUUGGUGCAGGGAGGCAUAGGUCAAUCGUUCGCUGUAGUCCGUUUCCAAAGACACCAAAAUCUCAGCGUUUCGCAGGAUGCCCACUUCAUGUUAACCAUUUAUGGCUUAGAUUUGUGACAUAAUAUGUGUUUCUUUCUCUUUGGGAUAUUAACUCACUACUCUAUAUUAAUUGAUUUCUAAUUAAAUAUACAUACGUCAUAAGGUUAUUAUUAUAAGUCA